GAGCUCUAGAGCUAAGCUGUCCUCCAUGGAGGAAAUGGCCAGUGAGAAGACCAAGCAGCUCCAGGAGGCUCUGCUGUCCCAAAAGGAGCUGGAAAUAGAGAAGAUGCGCAAGACCCUCCUGGUCUCGGAGGCAGAAAAGGAGGCCCUGGACGGUGCCGUAAGGAGCCUGAAGGAGGAACUCGGGCAGCGGCUGGAGCGGCUUCAGCAAGAGGCAUCCCGGGAGAAGGAGAAAGAGCUCUGUCAGCUACGGGAAGAGAUGCAGCUGGAGAAAAAAUGGGCUUUGCAAGAGUUUGCAGGGAGCUUGGAGGAGGCUAAAGCCAGCGCUCUUCAGGAGCAAGCCGUCACCUUCCAGAAGGAAAUUGAAAAUCUUCGAAAGGUCAUAGAGGAGCGAGAGGCAGAAGUCAUCCAGCAGCAGGAAGCCAUACAUCAGCAGGCAGUGGCUCUGAAGCUGGAGGCCAAGGAGAUGGUGCAGAACGCGCUGCUCCAGGAGCAGAAGAAAUGGGAGGCCAACACCCAGGCGGCUCUCCAGAUGCAGCGUGAGGCCCUGGGGGAACAGGACCGGAGGAAGUGGGUGGACCUCCAGAGAGUCCUGGAGAAGGAAAAGAAGCUCAACGGUGCUUUGCGGAAUGAAGCUGCUGACCUCCGUAGGAAGGUCCAAGGCUUGGAGAACCAGGCCCAUUUGUUUGAGGGUGAGAAGAGAGCGAGCUUGGAAGAGCUCCAGGCCGUGCUGCAGAAGGAGAAAGCCGAAGCUGUACGGAGGCUGCGAGAGGAGCUGGAGCAGGAAAGAGACCAGAUGAGAGCCAGGCUGCAACAGCUGGAGGGAGAUCAACAGCGCCUGCAGGCAGAACGCAGCCAGAUGUCUCUCCGGGAGCAGGAAGCCCAGGGCCAGGCUGACCGGGCUGACCGCUGCUUGGCCACGCAGGUUGUCUUGGCGUGUCGGCAGCUCCAAGACCUCCUCCCCAAGAAGGCAGUCCUGCUGCCCCACAUGUUGUACAGGGGCACCAUCCCCCUCUCCUCGGGCACUGCCCUCCAGGCCCUCCAAGAGGUGGGUGCAGAAAUUCAGAGUUAUGUCCAGGACCUGAACCAUGAGCUCGAGAUGCAGAGGCAAUGUAUCUUCCAGAACCAGAGAGAGAAGGAGCUGGAGAUGAGGCAGCAGGAAGAACGGCUUCGCCUGGAGAGUCAGUCAGUUCUGGAAGCCUUGAAAGAGCAGCUGGUUCAGGAACACCUGAAGGACAUCAUCGCCUUGCAGCGCAGCUGGCUGAAGGAAGGGCAGGUGGAAGACAAGCGUGUGUUUUGCCCACAACAAGAAGGGAGAGCUGGUGACCUGCACACAGCCCAGAAGAAGGUGGCUCAUGGAAAAGAUGAGGCAGAUCCCACGUCCAUCAGCGAGCCGAAGGAGGACCUGGAUCGGGAGCCCGAGAGUCUCCCUUGCAGAUACCCAUCCAGCAAUGUCUGCAAGAAUCUGGCGACCCCGGGGUCGGAAGGAGGACAUUUCUCUACGGGGUGGAGCAGACGCCUCCCACCACGUGCUCUCUGCCCCCCCUUUCUGAACGCCAGCCAGAGCCACCGGGCCGCCCCACGCUUGCCGCAUCACCUGCAGGACCGGGUCCGGAAGCUGCGGGCAGAGAACAGCGUUUACUCGGCGGGCACCCUGGGCGGCUUCUACGAAGGCUGGAGGCCCCUGGCUUUGGAGCGCUCGCUUUCUGGACUCUGGGCGAGGAACAGCAGGGAGCAGCACCGUCCCCGACCUGAUCUGACUGCAAGCACGUGAGAAGAGCUUCACGCAAUGGCACUUUGUUCCAGAAUAACCCAGAGAGUGCAUUCAACCCUGAAGUUGCUUGGGAGUGGAAGGAGACCUGUGGAGAGUCCCAGGCACCUCUGGCUUCCUUUCCCAGUUUGAUGCCUUUGGGGGCUGGUUAGCACUUGAAUGGGAGACCACUCGGAAAUCACAGGCUAGGUGGGGAAGGGGAAAAAUGGCAGACGAUGACUCCUGUAGCCAAGAAAACAGACAUGGACAUGUCCCUGAAGGCAAGGGGGCGAGGGCUUAGCACAGCUUCUGUACUGCAAGACCAUGACUGUGAAAUGACCAGCUCAGAUCCCCUUGAUGGGCCUCUGAUUAAUCGAUAUCAGUGGUCUGAUCCUUCCCUUCAAGGCAGACCGUCGAUCCUUCGAUAACAGUCAGCAAUACAAAUGGAAUGUGAAAAAAAAGUGUUGAAAACGUCCCUUUCCUAUUUUUAUCACGCUAACCUCGACCAGGAUUCCCAGGUUGGGAUUUCAACCUUUCCUAACAAUUUCUGAGCUUUGCUUGUUUUUAAGUAGACGUAUGUAAGUACUUCAGUAACUUUUUCUGCAGUUCUCUAGAAAAUAGGUUCUGCUGGUUGUUUAAACAAAUUUCCUUUCCUGACAUAUUUAAUUAUCUCUUUUGGUUCUUCAAAGUCUUCUAAAAUCCAUGUAUUCUUUCCAAUGGUAUUUCAGCGUUUUUUUCUCCAAAAACUUUAAAAAGUUACGCCAUCUUGCAGAACUCUGCCAUGAUUUCGGUAGACAAGAGGGGACGAACGACAGUGACCAUAUGAAAGUUGAAUGGUGGCUUUUCUGUGAAAUACAAUUCCGAAUUUUGCCUACGUGUCACUUUUCCCCCCCCCCUUCUGGGAUGGAGUUCCAAGAAAAUUAGAUCACCAUUAGAUCAAUUAGAACUAAAGCCAAUACUGCAGAUUUAGCUGGCAACUAUGCGGUUGUAAAUGUACCUAAAUGAAAGAAGUCAUUAAAAAAAAAUUUGCGUGGCUUU